AUAUUGCGUUGAUUAUCACAACACAUUAAUAUUGAUAGGCCACCUAAACUGGCGCCGGGAUGAAAACAAAGUUUGGAAAGACAAUAACAGCGAAGAUAUAAUAUGUCGAUGAAUAGAACGCUAUUUCAAGUAAAAAAAUAAUAACGACAUUCAGUAAUGGACAUGUCAAGCGAUGAAUCAUUUCUUACAAGAACUCGUGGAAGGAGGAGUCUACAGGCCUUAGAGGCAAUGCUUGAUGCUGGUUCCCCCGCACUGAGAGAGGCCCAGAUCAGUAAGACUCUGAGACGCAAGAGUGCAGUAACUGCAGUCAAUGUUCAAAAGUCCUUACAGCUUCUAGAUGAGAGUGUCAGUUCUGCUGGGAACCGGUCACUACGCACACCAGGGGGGUCAGUCAAUAUCAGCUCAUAUGUUCCUAAGCUCCUGGCUCCAGGCAACAAGUUUGACGUCUCUUCUAGAAUGGGUAUCGUUGCCAGGAAAACACCUAAGAAGGAUGGAUCCUUUCACAGGUCCAUGCAAGAGGAAAGCAUGUCCAGUCCCUUCCGCAACCUGUCUGGAAUGGCCCCAGUCAUAGAGAUGGAGGGAGAUGAGGUGACAACAACCAACGUAGGACUGCUACUGGAGGAGGACCCAGGGGUCUCGUCAUCGAAAGACCUUUACAUGGAUUUUCUUCAAUGUUUGAGGGAUCACCCAUCAGAAGGGGAACUAUUUACUUUGGUGGAAGGGUAUGAAAAGUUGUGCCAAGACCAAGUAGUUCUGCUAAAAAAGCUGGUCCGCCAUGCCUCAAGGCAGGAAGAAAAAUUCACACGGACUUUCAACGUGUUGCAACAGCUUAGUGAUGAGGAAUGCACUUGGAAACUCAUCAAGAAUCUGUUCAAAGAUCGGCAGGAGACUGCAAUGAAAGAAGAAUUUAUGAUGGAUGAGAUGAAGGAGGAACCUACUGUCGUACAGGGUGUCCACCAGAGUGAUGCAAGGAUAGCCAAUGAUCUGCUGGACAAGGACCAGAGUGUACGGGAAGCACAGGUUGUGGUAGAUUGGCUGGAGAGCAGUGCACAAGAUAACUGGGAAUACUUCUCUGAAAACAUCAAGUUCUUCUCAGACAGAGCUGUGGGAUAUGAGAAUGCCAAGCACAGGUUGCAGACCCGGUCUAGUGGACUUCCAAUUGGAGCCGACAGAUCUCUCAUCACUGAACUGGAUCCAGAUGCGCCUAUUCGUCAGAACAAGCUCUUAGAUGACCUUGACAAGGAAGAUGAGGAUCGUCUGCUCCAGUACAUAUUUGUCUGCAUAAGGGCUGGACAGCUGGAAAAGGCCCAGAAGAUGUGCAUAGACUGUGGGCAGGCAUGGCGGGCUGCCACUUUGGAGGGCUGGCGACUCUUCCACGACCCCAACUACGAGGGGCUGGGGCCGGAGUGUCAGAGGACCCCUGUGGAGGGGAACCCCAACAGGGACAUCUGGAAACUGGUCUGCUGGAAUAUGACACAAGACCCCAAGGUAAAUGUAUAUGAGAAAGCCAUAUACUCUGCGUUGAGUGGUAACCUGCGAGGGAUGCUGCCUGUGUGCAAGUCUUGGGUGGACUACGUGUGGGCGUACUUCCGUGUGCUGGUUGACAUGAGGGUAGAGGAAGAGAUACGUCUCAAGACAACCAUCGGACGAGGCCUGGAGAGCUUGCCGGGCCAGUACUAUGAGAAGAAUUUGAAUGCCAGGGUUGUGUUCCGUGAAAUCGAAGCCAAUGAAACGAUGCAGAAGGAAGCUAACGCUCUGUACCACGUCAUCCAGAAAUACAUCAUACUUGAGGAUAUUACAGGUUUGCUGGACAUUCUUCAUGAGAAGAUGAGCCACGGCGGGCCAGAGCUGUCCCUGCACACACUCAGGUUCAUGGCCCACUUCGUACUGUUUCUUCGAAAAGUUGGCCAGCAUUCUCAGGAAGACAUAUGUAACCUGAUCAUAGAGCGUUAUGUAGAGGAACUGAUCAAGAACAAGCAGUACAGCCUGCUAGCCCACUAUGUCUCCAAGCUGCCAGCCUCGGCCCAGGUGCACUGGUAUGCACAGUUCUUGGAAGGGAUCACCACCAAGGAGGACCGGGCUCGCUACCUGGACCUGGCUGAGGAGGCCGGCCUUGACGUGGCAGCCAUCACGAAGCGGGUUGUGGAGAACAUACGCAGCAAGUCACAGGUGGACUUUUCCAGUCUCCAGGACACGCAGGCCAGCGUUGAUACACACAUCUCAGAGGAGGAUCUCAGGAAGAUUGAGGCCAUCGACUGGUUGGUGUUUGACAUUGUGCAGCGAGCAGAGGCCAUGAAACAGGCCAACGCUGUCAUGAGGACAUUCAUAGCUUUGAAGAAGUUGGAUGCUGCCAAGGCUGUGUUUGAGAAAUUACCUCCAGAUUCUGUGGACAUUGUUCAUAAAGUAUGGCAUCAACAGACGGGUACACCUCAGCUCCCCCUGCAAGACCGCAACACAGUCAGGGAAUAUCUGUGCAUCAAAGCGUACCUUGAUGCCAUGGAGAGUUUCAAUGACUGGAUGCAGCACUACCACCACGGUAAGCCUGUGCGCCCGCACGUGCCUCAGGGAGGCUCCUUCACGGACCGUGUCGCGUACGAACAUCGACUCAAGCAGUACGAGCAGGAACACGACCGCUGGCAUCAUAAUCUCCUUAUGCAGACUCAGACCACAAAGGAGCACAUCUACAAUGUCCUUUUGUUUGCUGAUGGUGGAUGGAUGGUGGACCAAGCACCAGAAGACGUUGAUGAGGACAUAGCUGAUCACAGUGGGGAUGACGAGGCUGGUCAGCGUUCAAGCCAAUUAGACCGACUUCGCAGACUUGUGUUGCCAGGGCUUGUGUUUUUGCUUCACAAUGUGCUGCACACCAGCGAGCAGUACCAGGAGAGCCUGCGCAUAGCAGAUGUCAUCGCAUCUGAACAACAUAGGCUCUACAUGGUAUUUCGCAAGGAGGAAAUGCAGAGGUUGCUUCUGUUGCUGCGAGAAUCGUCACUGAAACUUCUUGACCAGGGAAGAGGGCCACUGGGAUAUGAAAGGGACUAAUAGCUGUAAAGAGACAACUAGCUUAGUGUAUGAAUUGAAAUAGCAGACUUGGGAUCUGAGAGAGGGCCUUCACGGUGCAACCAGACAUGUCAUAGGACAAUAAUUAACAUCAGUCCGCAUUCAUAAAAUCAUGUUAUGAGGAUAUAUCUGUUGAAGAUGUUUGUGAAUUACUUAUUAAAAAUUGAAGACAUCAACUAUAUUCAAAUUAAGGAAAAUAAUGAUCUCACACAAAAGGAAUAAUGUUUAGUAUGACUUGGUUGGUCUAAAUUUUUGGAUUUCUAGCGAUUAGUUGUUCUUUGCUGAAUACCUGCUGUAGUUUGUAAUUUCUUUUGAUGACCAAUACAAAAUCUCAUUUGUU